UGAGGCAGCAAUACCACGGAAAAAGUCAGUCGGUGUUCGUACCUCGUUGCUUUACGUUCGAAGCCCCAUUUCUCCCGGGGAAAUUUGUCAUUGAAAGUCCGCAAAAAGUAUCAAUUAUUAGGAAAUAGUAAUUGGCCGGUAGCUUGAACGACCUACCGAACAAUACUCCAAAAAAAACCCUCUCAGUAUUCUUCACAUAUCAAAGAAUUUGCCAGAUUGAUAUCACCUUCACACACCAAUGACUGACUCGGCGAAAAAUCAAUUUUCUUUGAUUCCAAAGAUUGUCAAUGGCGGAAUCGCAGGUAUCAUCGGUGUCUCCUGCGUGUUCCCACUGGAUUUGGUCAAAACCAGGCUUCAGAAUCAGCAGAUCGGACCAAAUGGCGAACGAAUGUACAAAUCUAUGUUGGAUUGUUUCAAGAAAACCUACAAAGCGGAGGGAUAUUUUGGAAUGUACCGAGGAUCGGCCGUGAACAUUUUACUGAUUACACCUGAAAAGGCCAUAAAAUUGGCUGCAAACGACUUCUUCAGAUACCAUUUAAGAACCAAAGAUGCAGCACUUCCUGUGUUUCGACAAAUGGCUGCCGGUGGUUUGGCCGGUCUUUGCCAGAUUGUUGUCACAACCCCUAUGGAAUUGCUGAAAAUUCAAAUGCAAGACGCAGGUCGCGUUGCCGCUGCAGCCAAAGCUGUCGGCAAAACCGUACCGAAGACUUCCGCUACGAAAUUGACAAUGGAAUUGCUGAAGAAACACGGAAUUCUUGGAUUAUAUAAAGGCACUGCUGCGACGAUGCUGAGGGAUGUCAGUUUCUCGGUUAUCUAUUUCCCACUUUUCGCUACUCUAAAUGACUUAGGACCUAGAAAGGACGAUGGAUCAGGUGAGGCUGUAUUCUGGUGCUCAUUUUUGUCGGGAUGCGUGGCGGGAUCGACAGCAGCCCUUUUCGUCAACCCAUUCGAUGUGGUGAAAACUCGUUUGCAAGCACUUACAAAGGCAGAAGGUGAAAGGACGUACACCGGAAUUAUGGAUUGCGCCAUGAAAACGCUGAAGUAUGAAGGACCUAAAGCCUUCUUCAAGGGUGGAGCCUGCCGUAUGAUCGUGAUCGCUCCGCUCUUCGGAAUCGCACAAACAGUAUAUUACUUAGGCGUGGCCGAAUACCUCUUAGGCUACAAUAAAAUGAAGGUGUGAAUCAAUGAAAUAUUCCAACUGAAUGUACACAAACGUUUACCCCUCUCAGAUUUAUAUAUAUAAAAAUGAAAAAGAAUAUAAUCAAAAUUACGAAGAAAAAAAAAACGCCCCUUUAGCGAAAGCAAUUAAUUAAGUAAUAAUUUUUGUUAUUAUUUAUUUUAAGCCUAACAAAACAAACAGUUGUAUACUGCCUUCAGAACAUUUCAUUAAUUAUCUUAUAUUUU